UCUUCACUCUUGAAUAAAGAAUUUUGUUAGGAGGAAUCAGAUGGAAAUAAUGUGUAGUAUAUUCAUUUAUAAACUCAUUCAUACUUCUUUCUUCCUCACAUGAAUGAAAUCAUUCAUCCAUUGGCUUUGCAGUGACUUUUUGAAGAUGGAUUCAAACUCAAAUAUUACAGAAUUGUUUCUCUCAUGGAGCUCCACGCUCCUGAAACCUUUUUGGGCUCUGUUGGAUCAUUUUUUGCUAUCCGACUUCAGCAUGAUGGAAGAUACAGUUUCUUCCAUGGAUUCUAGUUUCACUCAAAACUAUAGAUAGGACGUGUUUAUAAGCUUUAGAGGUCCUGACACGCGCAACACUUUCGUUGAUCAUCUUUAUGCUCAUCUAGCCAAAAAAGGAAUCUUUGUUUUCAAAGAUGACAAACGCCUUGAGAAAGGAGAAUACCUGUCACCACAACUUCUGCAAGCAAUUGAGAAUUCUAAAACUUCUAUUGUUGUCUUCUAAAAAAGAUACGCCGAAUCAGCAUGGUGUUUGGAAGAAAUGACUGCUAUUGCUGAAUGUGCUAAUAAAUUCAAACACAAAGUUUUCCCCGUUUUCUAUCAUAUUGAUCCAUCGGAUGUACGGAAACAAAGUGGACCUUACCAAAAAGCUUUUCUUUUACACACGAAGAAAUUCAAAGAUGAUUUAGACAAGGUUAGGAGAUGGAGGAGAGCUAUGAUUCGUUUGACUGCGUUAGUUGGUUGGCAUGUCAAGGACAUGCCGGAGUUUGAAGUGGUUGAAAGUGUUGUUCAGGAAGUGAUAAAAACAUUAGGUCAUAAAUUAUCUGGAUUUGAUGACCUUGUUGGGAUUGAACCUCGAGUAGAAGCAUUGAAAGUUCUUUUAAAAUUAGGCUCAAAGAAUGAUGAAUUUCGGGUUAUAGGAAUUAAAGGGAUGGGCGGAAUAGGCAAGACGACACUUGCUAAUGUCUUGUAUGAUAGAAUAUCUUGUAUGUUUGAUGCUUGUUGUUUCAUUGAGAAUGUAAGCAAAACUUAUAAAGACGGCGGUGCCAUUGCUAUUCAGAAACAAAUCCUUUGUCAAGCCUUCAAUGAGAUAAAUCUAGAGAGAUAUAGUCCUUCUGAAGUAUCUGCGAUUAUAGGAAAUAGACUUGGCAACAUAAAUGUGCUCAUAGUUCUCGACAAUGUCGAUGGAUUAAAGCAAGUACAAGAGCUGGCAAUUGAUCCCAAACUUCUUCACCCAGAAAGUAGAAUGAUCACUACAACUAGGGAUGCACAAUACAUAUUCUAA